CGAUACAACAGGGUCGCGCCUUCUCCUUCUCCUUCUCGCUCGCUUCUCGGUCAUUCUCAGACUUUCACAGAAGAAGAAGAAGAAGAAGAAGAAGAGGAGGAGCAGGAUGGGUUCGGCGGAAGACGACUUGGAGUUCUUGCAACAGAAGCAGCGCGUCAGAAACCCUCUCGUACCAGUAGGUGCGUUCAUGACUGCUGGAGUGCUGACGGCGGGGUUGAUAAGUUUCAGAAGAGGGAACUCCCAGUUAGGACAGACGCUGAUGAGAGCUCGUGUGGUGGUCCAAGGUGCUACAGUUGCACUUAUGGUUGGCACUGCCUAUUACUAUGGAGGAAAUCCCUGGAAAUCACAUUAGAAUCAUGAAAAAUUUAGUCUCCAUUAUCACUUGAUUUAUUUGUAUCAAAUUUUGGCUAUAUUGAUAUCGAGGGGCUACUUCGAUCUGUAUCAGCUUUAUGGCCACAUUCAGUGUCAUCUGUUGGUGUAAUACUAUUCGGAAUGUGGUGAAUGAGUUCACUCACAAAGCAAAUUAUUGAUUCACAAGUAAGUUCUAUUCUCUCC